AUGGCGCUCGUCUCAGCCAGUGUAGACGUCUUUCUGCUUCUAUCGAUAUUCACAGUAGCUUCGUGGCUGUAUAUCACCUUCUCAGCUCGCCAACCCAAGCGGCCCGAAACGCGGAAUGCUCAACUUGCUCAAGGAGAUCUUGAAAGUGAACCUCAGACACGCAGAUUUCUCUCAAUUUUUGUCGCCUUGCACUCUGUCUAUAUAUUGUACAAACUCAUAAUAACCCCACCUCAAAAUAUUUUCGCACUGUUGCACGUACCGCUGAAUGAGGCGUCGGACAAGAUUAGACACUUGUUGAUGGAGAAAGCGCACGUCACUCUGCUCCCAAAGUCCCUGGAGAUUUUGUUGAUGCGUCUGCAGUCGUUUGAUGUGCGCAUAUCCUAUGUUCGUUUUGGGCAUUCGGCUGUACAGGACUGUGAGCACUGUGCAACGUUGCACGACUUCGCGCUUUACGCGCUUCCCGCACCCGUCCUAGAGUAUGUUCGCAUGUCUGCAAUUAUAGGACUUGCGACCAUACAUGGAAGUGGGCGCGAAGGCUGGCGAUUUGUAGCACUGAUAAUGCUUUCCAUGGUCGCUGCGACUGAAGUCUAUUUUGUACUAACUUCAGAAGUAGUAUUUGUAGCCGAAGAGAAGCAGACCAUAAUGCUACACGACAUGGCCCUUUGUUUUCGCCGGAUUUUCUUCUUGCUGUUCCUCCCACUCCUCUACCUAAUCCCUCCACGGAGGAAGGCACCCUCUCUACUCCAGGUUCUUCCCGAUCUCGCUGUUCGAAUGGAACGAAUGCAUGCUCGCCUCCAGCUACUUCGCCUUACAUCCGCAGGACGUGCGCGUCAUCCGAAUCUUCACACAUCUGCAGAUGCCUGGUGGACUAGACAACGUGAGAAUGGUCAGUCUGCUAUGAACGACCCCACGUUGCACGAAACGGUGGGGAAACUAGGCCUGAGCCUUGACGAGAACGAAACUGGCGCGGACGGCAAAAAUCUGCGAGCACGUGCUAGGGCUUUGGUGGGAGUUCUUCAAAGUCAAAGGAGCUAGGACGCCGUGAUAUCCUUGGCUGGCGUUCGUUUCCUGUUCGACAGAAUUUAA